GUAUAGAAAAGUGGUUGGCAAGGCAACAUUUGCCCACCUGCUCCACUCUGAUGCCUCUUCCGGUGGCAUUGCAGUCCCGCCUGGCCAGGCGAGGCCUGCUGAAGCAUGUAGAACCUGAGCCAGAAGAGGAAAUAAUUGCAGAAGAUUAUGAUGAUGAUCAUGUUGAUUAUGAAGCCACAAGGAUGGAGAAUCUGCCACCAAACUGGUACAAAGUCAUCGACCCUGUUUGCUGCCUCCCUUAUUAUUGGAACAUAGAAACUGAUCUGGUUUCAUGGCUCUCGCCUAACGAUCCCAAUUCUGUGGUGACCAAAGCAGCUAAGAAACUGAAGAACAACUUAGAUGGUGAAAGCAAAACAGAACGCUUCCAUGAGAAGGUCGAGCGUGAAGAGGUGAAGGAACGUCGCUAUCACCGGCGGGAAGAGCUGGCCCCCUACCCCAAGAGCAAAAAGGCAAGCCGAAAGGAUGAAGAACUUGAUCCCAUGGACCCCAGCGCUUACUCAGAUGCUCCUCGGGGGACCUGGUCCACGGGGCUGCCCAAGCGAAAUGAAGCCAAGACAGGUGCAGAUACUACAGCCGCCGGUCCACUGUUCCAGCAGCGCCCCUAUCCGAGUCCUGGGGCAGUCUUGCGUGCAAACGCAGAAGCUUCUCGAGCCAAGCAGCAGGACUGAGAUGCCCACUCCUCCUUUCCUGAAUGAAUUUGAUAAGAACAUUAGCGAUAACAUGUUCUGAAAGAUCUGCAACAACAAGACUCCCUCUGGACUACAGACUGGUAGUCUUUCCAGAUCUUUGCUACAACUACAACUCUUGGCAUGCCCAAUGGUAAGGGCUGCUGAUCCUUGUAGUUCAGUAGCUUCUGGAAGGCUACACGUUCUCAACAUCUUUUGGGCUCUUUGGAGGCAGUGUUUCACCGCAGAAGAGAUUCUACCAUGUUCCAGUUCUGCGUGCUGACUUCUGCAGGGAACAGUCUCCUCACUGGUCUCCAUCUCCUUCCCCCAUCCCACUUUGAAUUUCUAAAACAAAGAUGAAAUAGAACCUGCUUUUUUCCCCCAUAUAACAAUUAUUCUCUGCUUAUAAUAUUUGCAUAGCAUAAAGAAAACUCCUUCUGCAGACUUAGUUUAUAGUCUGGCCGGUAAGGACCAGCCAAGGCUGGGAGAUGGAGGCCAGCACACCUCCCCCCACCCCCAAAUCCACCUUGUGUGCUCAGACUAGCUAGAACAUGCAGCUGUUUGGCUCUGAUUAAAUGAUCACUCUACACCCAGCCUGCUUGCUUUAAAAAUCUGUAUUACGUUUUUACAAGAAUAAAAUGUACAAAACUGC